AUGGAUGGAUGCCGCUCAGGAACGAUUGAAUUGCGAGGGACAGAGAAAGAGGAGCAUUUCCCAGUGGGGAGGUUCUCAUCACUGACAGAUUGUCUUAUAACCAUCAGCUCAACGAACACCGAAGCUACUGGAAUCACAGUCACGCAAAUCGAAAACGAGCUAUCCAGUUCCACGACUGGCCAAUGCACGGAAAACUACUUCCAACUGGCCAACACCGAACAAGAUAUACCAAAUGCGGAGAAAUAUUGCAAAGAGAACCAAAUGAGUACACCAAUGCAAUUAUCUCAGGGCUCCAAAUUGAAAAUUAGAACACCUGAUACAAAUCGUGACCCCAAAUUGAAACUCAAAUUCAUGGUCAUCGGUUAG